UCCGUAUUGGUCCGGUUUAAUGGUUGCGUUUUCUUUCUUCACUCCUCCGGUACCCUCCAUCGCCUCCAGAACCCUAAAAUAACCGUCGCCAACCUCCACUCCUGAACCUUCCUCCCACCCCCACUUCACUUCCCUCCCAGCUCUUUUUCUCAAUGGCACACCCUGCUGCUGAGCUCUCCGUGAUCACGCUUGGAGGAAAGGGUUCAUCGCUUGCAUCUACCUCCGUCUACGCCAUUGCUCAUGGCUUCUCUCUGGUUCGGAUCGACUCGUCCUCCCUCGAGAGGCUUGCUUCUUCGUCCAACAAUCCAAAUGCUGCAUCCAUCAAGCACCACCUCUUCGUUCCCGAUUAUCUAACUCGCGAAGAAGCCAGGGCGUCCCUUGUUGUCCUCCUGAACAAGCUCAUCAUUUCUCCUUCUUCCGGGAUUCGAUCGGUAAUUCCUAUUCUAAUUGCGGAGACCCUCAAUUCAAAUCCAGAAACUUUACAAUUUGAACCGCUUGACGUGACCCCCGAGGAGUUAUCCGUGUUCGAGCAAUCAUGCUAUGUUUUGAGUGGAAUUUGCGCGUUGCUGGACCAUCAAUCAGCAGCACUAUCUUCCAUUGCUGAUGCUGUGGCUAGCAUAUCUUGCGAGGCGUCUAGAGCAGACGUGUCUGCGUUCAGCUUGAUGGACUCGGGUGAUGGGUUCGCUUCGAAGGAGGAGGUAGGAAUCGCCAAUGAUAUGAAGGUAUUUCUAAAUGGCUCUAAAUUGGUGGGUAAGAUCGAGAGUGGAGCCAUCUCCAAGAUUCCAAAAACUCACGGAUGCUUGAGAGAGCAGGCGAAGUUGGUGCACUCGAAAAUGCGGGUUGAGUUGAAUUCUAGUGUCAAAAUUGGGAAAGGAGGGGGGUCCUUGAGUUCCGGGACAGAGGAUGCCGUUCGGACCGUAUUGUUGUCAUUUGCAGCCAUGCUGUGGGACUUGGGAAAAUGUAGUCUGGACAGAGUAAAGUUGAUUUUGGGUUCAAAUGGCGAUGAGAAUAUGAAGGCGAGUCUGGCGGGUUUGCUUGAUAGGGAAUGUCCUAGUAACGAGAGUCUCAAAAGGGAAUAUAAGUUGGUCUCCGAAUUGGGUUUGGAUGAAAAGUACAUUGAGUUUGUCCAUACUGUGAACGUGUUGUUCGCUACUGUAUGGAAAAUCGUCGCUUGGGAGGCCAUAGCAGCCUUCAUGACGAUUGAGGGUGGUGAGUUGAUAGGGAAGGGUCAAGAUGUUGACAUAAAUGGAGCUAACGAGAAGGUGGUAAAAAAGAAUGAGAAGAAGAAGAAAGCAGUGUUGGGUAAAGGGAGUAGCGUGGUUGUUCAAUUGAUUAAGGAUAAAUUGCAGGGUAAAGGUGGGGGUCUGGGGUCAUUGGAGAACUUGGUAAAAGCUAUCUUAUCCUUUUUGGAUCCGAAGGCUUCCGGGUUUGAUAAUUUAUUGAAGAAAAUCAAAGAGAUAGUUGAAAGCAACGCAAGUAGGAGGCUACCGAAGCUUCCCAAGGGCACUCGGGAUUUUGCCAAAGAACAAAUGGCAAUUAGAAAGAAAGCAUUUUCAAUUAUUGAGGGAGUUUUUGAGCGGCAUGGCGCCACAGCCUUGGAUACUCCAGCUUUUGAGUUGAGAGAAACUCUCAUGGGAAAAUAUGGAGAAGAUUCCAAGCUGGUUUAUGAUCUGGCUGAUCAGGGAGGGGAGCUCUGUUCGCUUAGAUACGACUUGACUGUUCCGUUUGCUAGGUAUGUUGCCAUGAAUGGUAUAACAUCAUUCAAAAGGUAUCAAAUAGCAAAAGUUUACAGAAGAGACAACCCAUCUAAGGGAAGAUUCCGUGAGUUUUAUCAGUGUGAUUUUGAUAUUGCUGGUCAGUAUGAAAAGAUGGGGCCUGAUUUUGAAGUUAUUAAGAUACUAACCGAGCUACUUGAUGAACUGAACAUCGGACAGUACGAGAUAAAAUUGAAUCACCGUAGGCUAUUGGAUGGAAUGUUAGAAAUUUGUGGAGUGCCAUCUGAUAAGUUCAGAACCAUAUGUUCGAGUAUUGACAAAUUGGACAAGCAAUCUUUUGAUCAGAUAAAAAGAGAAAUGGUGGAGGAAAAGGGGUUGACCGUGGAGAUAGCUGAAAGAAUUGGUGAUUUUGUGAAGGAAAGGGGACAUCCAUUGGAGUUAUUAUCUAAGCUGAAACAGGAGCAGAGCCCGCUACUACAAAAUAAAGGAUCUUCGGAUGCAUUGAAUGAACUAGAGAUUUUAUUUAGUGCUCUUGAAAAGUCGAAUUGUGUUGACAAAGUGGUAUUUGACUUGAGUCUUGCCAGGGGACUUGAUUACUACACUGGAGUAAUUUAUGAAGCUGUUUUUAAAGGUGGUACCCAGAUUGGUUCUAUUGCUGCUGGUGGACGCUACGACAACCUUAUUGGAAUGUUUGGUUCCAAGCAGGUCCCAGCAGUUGGUGUCAGUCUUGGUAUUGAGCGAGUUUUUGUUAUUAUGGAACAACUUUUGAAAGAUCAAAACCAGACUACUCGGGCCACUAAGACGGAAGUGUUAGUGAGCAUACUGGGGGAUGAUUUGACACAAGCAGCGGAGCUUGCAAGUGAGAUAUGGAGUGCGAAGGUGCAUGCGGAAUUCCUGGUGAAUAAAAGAGUGAUGAAACAUAUUGAUCGUGCCAAGGAGGCAAGAAUCCCUUGGAUAGUAUUUCUUGGGGAACGCGAAGCGAGCGAGGGGAUUGUGAAGUUGAAAAACGUGGAAACCUUCGAAGAAGUAACAGUUUCCAGAAGCAACAUCAUUGAUGAACUCAAGAAACGCUUGGCCCCUUGAUUGAUUGAUUGCUGUUAUAACUCACUAGUUGGGAAGAACUACUACUCUUUUACACAUCCAUAUUUUUUUGUAUACUCAUGAAUAUAGAACGCAGCCUUGGUUGGUAUCUAUCUAUAUUCAUGGCUCACAUUUGGGCUGUGUUUGACAACCCAAUCCAUUUUUGUUGUAAACUUGGUGGGUGAGUUUUUUCUCUUUCUCGACGAUGAGACGGGUGGCUGUAGUGAGAGAUUCUUUGUGUUAUUUGUUGAUGCUUUGCCUGAAACAAAGCUUGUGAUUGCUGCUGCUGCUGCUGCUA